UUUUUUUUGUGUUGCGCUCGCAUUUUGGCCCCGUCGAGUCGUUAACUGUACGCGCUCGCGUGCGCAACGUGUCGAGGAUGCCGCAGAGUUCAGAACAAGCCGCGUCGCUGCUCGCCGCGCAGGCGCUUAAGGAAACGUCGCCGCAACAGCUGCCGCUGCCCUUUGCCGAUGAUGAAGUGACGGAUGAGGAGGAGCAACUACCGUUAAUAAAUCGCAAGCUCUCUUUAAAGCAACGACGUCGCAUUGAGCUGCCACAGCUGCAAGUAGUCCAUGAGCUGCCAUCGCCAGAGCUUGGCUCGGUUAACUCAGUUAACUCUGCUGUCACACCGGAAACGGAAGCGGAAAGCGCUGAGCAGCAGCGCUGUCAUGGCCUCCGGCGUAAUUCCAUUUCGCUGCCAUCGGGCAUCAAUUCCUUGGAGCUGGAAGCCUUGCGACUGCGACAUCAAAUGCAAGCACAGGAUGCGCUCCAUGAGGAAAGUCAAACUGAAAGUAUUGUGGACAUAACCUCAGCCUCCAGCGUGGAUACGCCGAUUAUAAAGAUAGUAGAGAAUAAGGAUACGCAGGCACAGGAUGAUGAUGACAGCAGCGAUGAGUUUGGUAAUGCCAAGAAACCCGUCUACAAGGAUCGCUUUCGUAGUCGUCGACGCGCCUCCAUAGCACCGCUGCCCGCUCUGCGACUGAACAGCAAAGAAAUGUUAGCGAGUGACUUUGAUACGCAAAGUCUAGCGAGUAAUCAGGCAUCGAUAACGAGUGUUAACUCGCUGGCCAGUUUGCUGCGUGAGAAGAUGCAGGCCUUUCCACAGCUCAUACGCAAAAAGAAGCGCGAGACGAAGGACUAUAAAAUAAAAAUCUUUGUAAUUUUGAUGUUUUUUAUUAUAAUUUUUCUGAUUGGCUAUGCGUAUGUGGCCUAUCAUCAGCAGGUGCUCACGCGUAGCUACUUUGAGAAGAUCAAGUUCAAUUCCAAAGAUCGCAUACUGCGCAUACUCAGCCAUGAGGACAAGGAGGUCAUCUUUGGUCAGCUAGGCGUAACGCUGAAUAGUGACUCGUCGCCCUUUCAUUGCCUGGAGGAUCAAAGGCGCAACGAUGGCAGCGUUUGCAUUGAGUGGAAUGGCAUUGCACGUUUGCAUAUGAAUUUCGAGGAUAAGAAAGUCUUUCGUUGUUAUACAAUGCAGUGGCAGGCACUCGCGCCCGGCGUACAGCCCACGGAUUGCUAUGAACUCAAGCGCGACAAUGGACUUUGGUUUGGCGGCGGCAUUACGAAAGGUCAAGAAUGGUCGCUCAGCUAUGCAAACUUUGACUUUAUGCCCUAUGCCAGCGGCGAUAGCAAAGUGCAUCAGUUUGGCAAUGGCGUCAAGCGUUACUUUAUUAACUCCAUAGGCGUGGCACUGCAGGUGAACGAGCGCACACCGCUGCAGCUGGGCAUCAAUCGCACUGAGAAUCAGUUUUGCCUGCGAGCUGCAAACGAUGAUUUCACAUUCGUAAAUCGCUUGACGCCGCUGCCCCAAUUGGAUUAUAAGAUUUGCACCACGGAGGAUAUGCGUAGUCUGCAUAUGCUGAUGACACAGCAGAGUCUGUGGGAUGGCCUUAAGGAGCAGGAUAUCAGUGAGUUGCAUUCGCUGCUGGAGGAACCUGUCUGGCAAAUACCCACGGGCACACAAGCGGACUCGUUAAACGAAUCGUUGAUCAUAGACUAUGCAGAGAAUGCAAUUGCUCUGGGCUUGGGACAUAUUGUUAUCAAUGAGUUUUGGCAGGAGAAUAUUGGCGACUUUACGGUGGACAAUGAGAGAUUUCCAACGCUUAAGGAGACGAUUGAUGUGCUGCAUCGACGCGGCUUUAAAGUUGUUUUCACUAUACAGCCCUUCAUCAGCACCGACAGCGCCAACUUUAAGGAUGCUGUCAGCAAGAAGCUUUUGAUCUAUGAGCGCCACUCGGAGCGCAGCAUUCCCGCUCUAACGCGCUACAAGAGCUGCUCCAGCGCUGGCGUGCUGGACAUAACCAACAAUGCAUCGGUGCCUUGGCUGUUGAGCAAGCUGGAGAACAUUAUGUCCACAUAUGGCGUCAAUCGUUUCUAUUUGGAUCUGGGCACGGGCUAUAAUUUGCCACAUUACUAUCAGUGUCGCCAGCCCUUGGAUAAUCCGGAUAUGUAUGCACGCAUGCUGACCGCCAGCUUGGAGCAGCCUGGUCUUAUGGCCGUCUCCACUGCCAGCGUUGUGCCCAAGCCGCCCACAUUUCUCGCCACGCCGCCUGCGAAUUCCACAUGGUCGGGAUUGCGUGAAACUUUGGCUGCUGUACUCAACUAUGGCGUCAUUGGCUAUCCUUUUGUGCUGCCCGGUGCCAUUGGUGGCGACUAUUUGCUGCCGCGUCCGCUAACCAAAAUGGUUUCGUUCUACUCGCUGGGCCAACCGCCGCUGCCCGAUCAGGAGCUCUUCAUACGCUGGCUACAGCUCGCCACCUUCUUGCCUGCCAUGCAGUUUAGUCAUCUGCCUGCGGAAUUUAACAGUGAGCUGGUCACAAGCGUUGCCCAGACGCUGAAGGAAGUGCGCCAGACUGUGGUCAUACCACUGCUCAAGAAAUAUCUGAGUCCAUCGAUGAACGAGGGUUUGCCGCUGGUGCGUCCGCUUUGGCUGCUCGAUCCGCAUGAUCCCGCUUGUCUGAUAGUCAGCGAUGAAUUCUCUGUGGGUGAGGAGCUAAUUGUGGCGCCCAUUUUGGAUGCAGGACGCGAGGAACGCGAAGUUUAUUUGCCCCAGGGCGUAUGGAAAGAUGGCAUCGAUGGCUCUUUGCGCAAAGGCAGUCGCUGGAUGCACAGUUAUCGCGUUCCGAAAGAUAAGAUUGCGUAUUUUCGCAAAAUGCCGGACAAUACGCGUUUUUGAUUGCAACACUCAUACAUAUAUGAUUUAAAUAUAAAUGUUUAUUAUUAUGCGCUACACAAACAAAUACAUAGACGUUAAACGAUAAUUGAUAAUACUAGCAUAUAUAUUAACAAAAAAUUGGCCUAAACACUAGAAAUUAGGUACUAGACUUGAAUUUUGUUGCUGCUGCUGCUGCUGUUGUUGUUGUUUCGAACGAUGUUUAUUAAUCGAUACUAUCGAUAUUUAUUUUGUAUAAUAUUUAUAUAAAUUAAGUACAGCUGGCGAAUGUGCGGCAGGCA